AACAAAAGAAGAAAACAGUGUGGCAGGGAAGAGGUGAGUUGUGUGGUCCGUAAAGGUUCCUGGAGACGGGGCCUAAGCUGUGACCACCUCCUUCCUCUCUGGGGGGACUGCCUGCUGCCUCCGCAGACACCCAUGGUUCAUUGCCCACCGGGCCCCAGCCUGCCCCAGCAUCCCCUGCGCGGCAAAGCUGGGUGGCCUGGGAUCCUGGCUGCCAUGCCACCUCCUCUCCUCCUCUCCCUCCUCCUCUUCCUUUUCCCCAAGGGAGUCAGGCCCCAGAAACCACUGCUGGUGGAGGUGGAAGAGGGAGGCGAUGCUGUGCUGCCGUGCCUCCGGGGUCCCUCCAGUGCCCCCGCUGAGCAGAUGGUCUGGUCUCGGGGCAACCAGUCAGCACCCUUCUUAGAGCUGAGCCUGUGGCUCCCCAGCCUAGGCAUCCACAUGGGGCCUCUGGGCAUCCUGGUGCUCGUCGUCAAUGCCUCUGACCACACGGGGGGCUUCUACCUUUGCCAGGCAGGGCCCCCCUCCGGGGAUGCCUGGCAGCCCGGCUGGACUGUGAGCGUGGAGGGCAGCGGGGAGCUGUUCCGGUGGAACGCUUCAGAUGUAGGGGACCUCAGCUGUGGCCCGGGGAACGGGUCCUCAGCGGGCCCCAGGCCGUCUUCUCCCCAGCCCCCCAACUCCCAGCUCUAUGUGUGGGACAAGGGCCUCCCUUGGAGCUGGGAGGCGGAGCCGGUGUGUGCCCCACCCAGGGGCAGUCUGAACCAGAGCCUCACUCAAGACCUCACUGUGGCCCCUGGCUCCACACUCUGGCUAUCCUGUGGGGUGCCCCCUGCCCACGUGACUCGAGGUCACGUCUCCUGGACCCAAGUGCACCCUAAGAAGCCUAACAGCCCAUUGCUGAGCCUCUACUUGAGGGAGAAGCCCCCGGCCCAAGAGAUGUGGGUCCUAGGGCCUGUUCUGUCGCUGUCCCAGGUCACUGCCGAAGCUGCUGGUACCUAUUAUUGUCUCCGUGGCAACCUGACCACCGAGAUACACGUGAAGGUCAUGGCCCGGUCAGCAGUAUGGCUCUGGCUGCUGAGGAGUGGUGGCUGGAAGGUCCCUGCUGUGUCUUUGGUUUAUCUGAUCUUCUGCCUGGGUGCUCUGGUAGCCUUUCUUCAUAUCCGAAGAGCCCUGGUCCUGCGGAGGAAAAGGAAGCGAAUGACUGACCCCACCAGGAGAUUCUUCAAAGUGACUCCUCCCCCAGGAAACGGGACCCAGAACCAGUACGGAAACGUGCUGUCCCUCUCCACGCCCACCUCCGGCACCGGUAAGAGGCACCUGAAAUCCUCCGACCCCGCCCCCUGGCAUAAAGCUCCGCCCAGCGACAAGCUCCACCCACUCUCUUAAUUCCCUCCAAUCCCCUGGGCCCAAGCUCGGAGCCCCUCCCACGGGGUCCGGGGCACCGCCCAGAUGUGGCUCCGCCCCCAAGACACAGCUCAAGUUCAAUGCCAGGGUGGAAUCUUAC